GGAUUACCUAUCACAAACAUUGCAGAAUAAACCAUUAAGGAAAAGAAUACGUUCACGAUCCUCACUAACUCUCUCUUCUUCUUCUAAUUUCGCCAUUGAUUUCUCCUCUGCCAUUGCCAUUAUUAGAGAAGUUCAAAGAAACAGUACCUUCGAGGUCUCUCUCCAAUGGAAGAAUCUCCUUCAUCUCAGUGAUUGAUUAUCCCCUUUCGAUUGUGCUCCUAGGGUUCCAAAUCCAUGGGAAUUUGCCAUUCGAAGGUGACCGCAAACCCUAAGGCGAAAUGCGAGGACAACGCCGAUUCACACACCAGAAACUCCCCUUCCAAUUUUCCGUUCUUCACUCCGAGUCCUCUGUCUAGCGUGUUCAAGAACUCGCCAUCCGGCGGUGCCAAGCGCCGGUCCAGGCCGUUCCCGCCGCCUUCGCCGGCGAAACACAUCAAGGAACUGCUCGCACGACGCCAUGGCUCUGCUAAGCCGAAUCAGGCCCCGAUUCCUGAAGAAGGCAACGGCGACAGCGAGGUUGUUGAGGUGAAUAGGGAGUUUGGAUAUUCGAAGCAAUUUGUGGCGCAUUAUGAGAUUGGCGAAGAAGUAGGGCGCGGCCAUUUUGGGUUCACUUGCAGAGCUAAGGCGAAGAAGGGAAGCCUCAAGGGUCAGCAUGUUGCUGUCAAGAUCAUCCUCAAAUCCAAGAUGACGACAGCAAUAGCCGUGGAUGACGUGAAAAGAGAAGUGAAGAUAUUGCAAGCGUUGAAUGGGCAUAAGAACGUAGUGCAGUUCCAUGGAGCAUUUGAAGAUGAUGAUAAUGUUUACAUAUUAAUGGAGUUAUGCGAAGGAGGCGAACUACUCGAUCGGAUGCUUUCGAGGGGUGGAAUAUAUGCCGAAGAAGAUGCUAAGGAUGUGAUUGUUCAGAUUUUAAGCGCGGUUGCCUUUUGUCACCUCCAAGGCGUUGUCCACCGUGACCUCAAGCCGGAGAAUUUUCUUUUCACAACAAAGGAGGAAGAUUCACCACUGAAGGUUAUAGACUUCGGACUCUCAGACUUCGUAAAUCCAGAUGAGAAACUGAACGAUAUAGUUGGCAGUGCAUAUUACGUAGCGCCUGAAGUCCUGCAUAGGUCAUACGGGACCGAGGCGGAUAUGUGGAGUAUCGGUGUGAUUGCAUACAUUCUUUUAUGUGGAAGCAGACCUUUCUGGGCCAGGACGGAAUCUGGCAUAUUCCGAACCGUGUUAAAGGAAGAUCCGAGCUUCGACGACGAUCCUUGGCCGUCGUUAUCUUCUGAUGCAAAAGAUUUUGUCCAGGGAUUACUACAUAAAAACCAACAUAAAAGACUAACUGCUGCACAGGCUCUAUGUCAUCCUUGGCUCACAAAUCAUCCAGAUGUCAAGAUUCCAUUGGAUAUCAUAGUUUAUAAGCUCGUUAGAACGUAUAUCUACUCAUCGUCUUUGCGUAAAUUAGCGUUUAACGCUCUUGCAAAGACGCUAUCCUUCGUGCAGCUCGCUUAUCUCCGAGAACAAUUCAAUCUCUUAGGUCCGAACAAAGACGGGUUCAUUUCGUUACGAAACUUUAAAACGGCUUUGAUGAAAGCUUCGACUGAUGCAAUGAACGAUUCGGGGGUGAUCGAGUAUGUCGACAUGGUGAGUUCCACGCCGUAUAAAAGGUUGGAUUUUGAAGAGUUUUGUGCAGCCGCCCUAAGUGUUCAUCGGUUGAAAGGCGCUGAAAGUUGGGAGCUGCAUGCAAGAUAUGCUUAUGACCUCUUUGAUGAGUAUGGAAACAGACCAAUCAUGAUAGAGGAACUUGCUUCGGAGCUGGGAUUGGCGCCAUCCAUUCCACUUCACGUAGUUCUUCAAGAUUGGAUAAGACCGUCAGACGGGAAACUUAGUUUCUUAGGAUUCAUCAAACUUUUGAAUGAAGUCCCGUCUUGUACGAACAAGAAGACAUGACAUUAGCUCGGAGCUUACACGAAGUUUUUCUAUCGAUUCUCCUUGAUCCAAAAUGGCUGAGGGGAUGAUAUGAAACCGGACUCGAGCAGCUCCGAGAAAUUCGUUACUUCAAACAUAGAGAAAAGAGGCAAUUAUGUCUUUUUUUUGUAUAACCUGAAAUUCAGGUAAUUGUAUAAAAUGUCCGUUAGUGUAACUUAAAAUUUGCAUUAAGGCUUCACUGAAAUCUUCGUUGCUCAAGGAUUUCCAUUCAAGUUAUUUCUUUACGGACCAUUUUGAAUUUUGAUAUUAACUUUAUAAUGUAAUUGACACAUU